GGAAGGGAGAGGGAGAGAGACAGAAACACAGCUACUGGUUGCCUCCCGUACAUGCCCCAACUGGGGAUCAAACUCACAACCUGGGUAUGUGCCCUGACCAGGAAUUGAACCCAAACCCUUCGGUGCAAAGGACAGUGCUCCAACAAACAGCCACACUGGCCAGGGCAAAAGGGGUUAAUUUCAGUAUUUGAAUUCUAGUGUUUCAUAGGGAAUUGAUAAAAUUCAGAGUUGAUGAAUCAAGAAGUAAUGGUGUAAGCAUGUGAUUUCAGGUUAAGGGGCUAAUCACCAGAACUAAAAAUGCCUGGUUAACAAGAGUUGCCUCUAGAGGUGGAAAGGGUCAGAAUGAGGAUCAUCACUUUUAUCAUAAAAAUCUUUUUACCAUGUGGAUCAUAUUACAUAGAUUUACUUGUUCAAAGGUAACACUUUUUCUAAGUUGGUGGUAGCACAUGGACUCAGGAGCCGCCACGAGCAAGGGUCAUACCAUUCUUUGUGACACCUGUAGACUAGAGAGCAUUUUUACUCAUCUUAGGGAUAUCGAAUACCACUUUGAAACUGUGACAUUCAUUAGGAGUGCUAUUAGAGUGGUUCUCUAUAUUUUUCUUCCUUAGCACUUCGAGGGAUAGUAAACAUUCCCGCUGGUGACUGUGGCUUUCUGGUGCAAUGAUACUGAACUGAGAUGAGGGAAUGAAUAUGUAAUUUGGAAAAACAAAUUUUGAUAGAUCACCAGCAGCAACCUAGAUGGAUCCUUGGUUGGUUUGGGGCCACUCUUUGCCAUAUUUUUUGGCUCACUCUUCAUCCUCCAAGGAUGUCCAGAACUUUGCAUAUACAGUGAGUCACCGAUUGCUGGGAGGUGUCAGGAUUGUGCUUGUGUUCUGAGAGGUGGAUUUGGCUCCCUUACUACUGAAGCGUUUCGGUGCUGACUCAUUUCUCUGGAAGACACACGUACUUUUCAAUAAACCCAUGUUAGUAUUUUACGCACUUCUCCUUCAGUAACACAAUAACGCUGUCUGCCGCUUGGAUGUAGGGGAAUACCUCUGUAAGUGCAAUAAUGUAAUGUCUCACAUAAUUGUGCCUUUUCCAACCUGGGUGAAAGGACAGAGGGCCAAGCACAUGGACUGGAACUCGGAAGGGAGUGCUCAGAAAACAGAGUCACAGGUGCUGCCGGAGCAGGAAGUGAUCCCAGAGGACACAGGUGAAGAUAGUGUCUCUGAAAGCUUCCAGCUUCUACAGAUGGAUGUGGAGUGUGAGCCUCGGGAGAGGGAGACCCUGCCCACGGACAGCGCCACCUGGUGCUCGAAAAAUGUCCAAAGAAAACAGAGACACUGGGAAAAGAUAGUUGCGGCAAAGAAGAGCAAAAGAAAGCAAGAAAAAGAAAGGAGAAAAGCCAAUCGUACAGAAAAUUCAGGCAUCUACCCCCAGCACAGCAAACGUUUUCUGAGAUCCUUAACCAAGGAGAAACUUUUGGAAGCCAAACAUUCAGGACCAAGACUCUGUAUCGAUUUAAGUAUGACCCACCACAUGUCUAAGAAGGAACUAAGCAGGCUGGCUGGACAGAUCCGAAGGUUGUAUGGUUCGAAUAAGAAAGCGGACAGGCCAUUUUGGAUCUGCCUCACUGGAUUCACAACAGACAGUCCCCUGUAUGAAGAGUGUUUGAGGAUGAAUGAUGGCUUUUCUAGUUACCUGCUAGACAUAACAGAAGAAGACUGCUUUAGUAUAUUCCCCCUGGAAACCCUUGUGUACCUGACUCCUGACUCAGAACAUGCUCUUGAAGAUGUUGAUCUAAACACAGUUUACAUCCUUGGUGGACUUGUGGACGAAAGCAUUCAGAAGAAGGUGACAUUUCAAAAGGCCCGAGAACACUCUGUCAAGACAGCCCGCUUGCCAAUCCAGGAAUACAUGGUCAGACGCCAGAAUGAGAAAAACUAUCAUUCAGAGAUAUUGGCCAUCAAUCAAGUAUUUGAUAUCCUGUCCACUUACUUUGAGACUCAAAACUGGCCUGAAGCAUUGAAGAAAGGAGUUUCUUCCAGAAAAGGCUAUGUUCUUCAGAACUCAGUGGAAUGAUGGACAUCCUAAGAGUGCACCUGCAGGAGGUGAAGUUGCUGGAGGGGCCUUGACCAAAGAGGAGAGCAAAGUGGUGAUGGCACAUACUUGCCUUUACUUGACGUCUCGGAUCUUCAUUAGGAUGUUAUUAAUAACAGGGACCAUAUUUUAUGCUCUUUUGUAUCUCCUAUAGUGCCUAGCUCACAGGAAGUGCCCUGUUUAUCUUGACUAAGUAAAAAGUUUACAUAACAAGGAAUUAGCCCUUAAA